AUGCCAUUAAAUAAUAAUAACAUUUUCCUAGCUACAAGCCCCAACACCAUCGAUAUCACUGAUAAUAAUGGCAUGUCAAAGAGAAAAAAAAGUGCCAAUAAUUUAAUAUUUACACCUUAUAAACAAAACGUUGGCAGCAUAGAUAAUAAUCAUCUCAAUUGCGAUUAUUCAGAACAACCCAUGAUAAUUAAACAAGAAAUAGUCAUAGAUGAUAAUGACGAAGAUGAUGUAAUAUACGUUUACGAUGAUGAAGAUUAUGAUGACUAUGAUGAUAAUUUGUUAGAUACUACAGAUUAUGGUUACAUCUCAGACAAUAACGUCGUUAAUACUACAAAUAAUAGGAAACGUAGUACAACUACUGCAAACAGCAACAACACGUACGGCAUUCAUAACUACAAAAGGCACAAUAUUCAGAAGAAAGGGCACAAUAUUAUAGUCAUACCAAGACCGGUUCACACACCUCAAACAACUACCAUAAAUACAAAUGGAGCCUGUAAUAGUAUUAGUCGUACUCAAAAUAAAAACAAAGAAGAUAUUCCAAAAACUCCAUUUUUCAUCAAGGACUCUAUUUGUACAAUGAGCCUGAACGCUACUAGAGACAUUACUGCUACUGAUGAUAACAUGAAAACUAUACUCGACACUAAAAAUACUAACAGCCCUCACAAUAAUGAUGCAAAAAAUAAUGUAUCCAAAAAGUCAAAUUUUGACGAGGAUUACUCUUAUUAUAACAAUAUGUUUCAAGGGUUUACAAUAAGAAACAAAAGAAAUGCCAGCGUCACCAAUGGGAGUGGUAUGACUAGGAGUGAGGGCCAUUUGAAUUUAUCUGUCGAAGGAUCUGAUACUGCUACUAAUAAUCAAAAUGCCACAACAACACCAGUAAUAAAAGUUCGGGGUGUCAGUUCUACCAGACAGCCUUCCAUUAAUGAAUAUUUAUCUAAGUGGAGCCCCUUCAAAGACUUUAAACAUGAUAAUGAUGGUACUGACUUUAAUCCUCAUGAUAAACGCAACGACCAUUUCUUACAAAAUACUACACCAUGUAAGCCUUCUUUAAAGUUGGACUUGUGCCCAGAUAAGUCAUCCACCGCUGCCGCAGGCAUGUCUUUAAAAAGAAGCAUAAGUAAAAGUGAAUUGUCUCCGUUUGUCAACAAAAAUAGCAUGGUUAACAUUCAAAAUGUUGAUGCUGAAGGACUACGUAAGUGGGUAUUAGACAAGAAAAACGUCAAUACCAUUAUUAGUACCCAUGGAGAUGACAAUAAAAGUGUCUUUGAUCCUGAUCUUCUAUCACCGACGCCAAAUAGAGUAUUUAAACUUAAUACUAUUAGACAUACUGCACAUAAUAGCAGUGGUAACUCUAACAACAACAACAACAACAACAACAACAACAAUAAUAAUAAUAAUAAUAGUAGUAGUAGUAGUAGCAGUAGUAGAGUUAAAACUACUGCUAAUAAUACCAGCACAAAUGAAACCACUAGCAUGGUUUCUCCAUUCCCUGUUAAUAAACUGCGAAAGACCUCUAAUGGGUUCAACAAUGAUAAUCACGCAUCAUCUUCAUCGUAUUCUUUUAUCAACGCUAAACCAGACCAAUCUGUGUUUCAAUCGUCUGGAUUGAAAUCUAAGUUAACUGCGUAUCAAAAUAACAAUGUACCAAGUAGUACUAAUGCCUUUGGCGAAUUGAAAUUUAAUAAUACCACUACUACUAUUAACAAUCAAGGGUUCAACAACAAUGUGGUCCUUAAUAAGAAUAUAGUUGGAAAUGUGAAAUUAUCAAAUAGUAUACAACGACAACAUAAGCAUUACCAAUACGAACAAAACCACAACAAUGCAUUGCCUCCCAAGAUUAAUAAUCCUGCUGUUAAUAUUGAAAAUUCGAGUAAUACCUUUAAUAGCAAUAUAUCUAGCAUGAUACCGAAUACCCCAAUAAAAAAAUCACCAUAUCUUGCGUCUUCUGGUAUUAAUGCUGCUUACAGCACCGCUUUAAAAUCACCUUUUGAGCAUCCAAUAUUUGGAAACCUUCCACCGUCAAAUAAUAAUACUAGCAGUAAUAGUAAUAGACCAACUAGUUUGUCAUCAAGUAGCGGUACUGCACACAAUCGUGGACGUAGAAUUAUUAGCUCUUCGUCAAGUAAUGGCACUGCACACAACAACACUUCUGAACAGACCAGUUUAUUUUCCAACAUGUUAACUACAGAUUUUUCCGUUUCACAUGACAUGAAUUGUUUCAAAAGUUCCCCUAUUGAAGCAAUAACGGUCAAGACAUCUGAUAUUGACAAUAACACUGAAGAUAUACUAGAGUUUGAUAAACAUAGCAGUAAAAACAAUAACGAAUAUAACCCAAUUCAUAAUUUCAUGAAUAGGAAGAUUAUAAUGAAUAAUCGCUUAAAUGCUAAUACCCCAAUAGCUUCUAAAAAAAACAUAUUUGCAACAAGUGGUGAUUCAACGGCUAAGAGUAACAAUUUCCAAUUAAACGAAUAUAAUAAUAGCAGCAUGAAUGUUUUACCCACGAUGAAAAAUAGACAGUCCAAGGUGAUUAACAACAAAGAACUAUUAAACACAUUACAAAGAUUUACCGAUGAUUUAUAUGGUAAUAACGCAGAUACAGAUUCUUUAUUUGGCAAUUCACCAAUACACACACCCACAAAAAGGAACAAUAAAUUGAGAAUAACUCCGCAACAACAGCCCAAGACUAUUUUCGGUAGUAAUGGAAAUUUGUUGAAUCCGCAAGUCACUUCGGGUUCUCGCACAAGCAGUGAUGGAACUAAUAACAACAACAUUAAUACUAAAUUUAUGGGAAACACAGAACUUAAAAAAAACAACAGUGGUAGCAGCAAUGGAAAUACAUCGUAUAUGUCCGGUACGAUUUUUGCAACAGCAUCUAGUAAUGCUACAACUGUGAAAACUAAUAGCAGUAAUGGUAGUGACAAUAGAAAUAUAGUGAACACUAAGGGGUCUGAAACCUCGUUCAUUGAAAAUAGUAAUCUGGCGACAUCGUACUCGUCAGAAUGCCUACCAACCGACAAAACAGGAGGUGUUGUUGAAGAACUUGACGCGGAAUGUAUUUUCACUGGUGACAUUGAUACGCCUAUAGGAGUUGACCCAUACUUGUCGUCAAAGUUCCAGAAUGUUACUUAUAUUGGUAAGGGUUCAUUUUCUAAUGCCUACACAGUGUGGGAUCCUUCAACCAAGCGAUGUUUUGCUGUAAAAACUAUUAAACCUAAACCUACGUUAAAACAAGCAGUUCUAAAUGAAAUUAGUAUACUGGAAUAUAUAGAGCAUGUCAAGUCGGUUAGUACCACAAAUUAUAAAAAAUGUAAUAACAUUAAGAGUUUAAUUAAUAACAACAAUUCUCUAGAUGAAAAAAUGCUAAUGAUAAGUGAUGGCAAUGUUAGUGUUCAAAAUAACGAUGCUAUAGGUGGCAGUUGUGUUUUCAGUAAUGGCAUUAGGACCAAUAAUAAUAAUAACCAUAUGAACGACUACAUUGAUGAGGAUCCACUAGUUUUACAUAAACCCCACAAAAGUAGUACAUUUCGUAAAAGAAGGAAUAAUCAUAAUGUAUUCAGUUUUUCUAACCAUAAAUCUGAAGACGAUAUUACAGAUGAUUAUGAGGAUAAGACAACUGUAUACACUGGAAUACGAAAACAACAAAGGGAGGAUAAAAAGGAGAUGGUAGAUGGGAGUGGGAAAGAAUAUAUUUUAGAUUUUAUAACUAGUUGGACAUCUAUUGCCAAUAGUAAUACGUAUUAUAUUGCCACAGAGUAUUAUGAAAAUGGAACAUUGAACAAUUUUUUGCAAGAAAAUGUGAUUAGUAAACAAGCAAGGUUAGAGGAUUGGAGGAUUUGGAAAAUUAUAGUUGAAAUCAGCAGUGGUCUCAGAUUUUUACAUGAAUCAUGUCACAUUGUCCACUUGGACAUAAAACCGUCAAAUAUAUUUGUUACUUUUGGAGGAUCUUUAAAAAUUGGGGACUUUGGUAUGGCUACAAAAUUACCGCUAACCAAUAAAUUAUUUGAAAACGAAGGUGAUAGAGAAUAUAUUGCACCUGAAAUCAUCACAGACAGUAUUUACGAUUUUAAGGCGGAUAUUUUUUCGCUAGGGUUGAUGAUAGUGGAAAUUGCUGCAAAUGUUAUCUUACCGGAUAAUGGGAACGCUUGGCAUAAGUUAAGAUCAGGUGACUUGUCUGAUGCUGGGAGAUUAAGUUCUACAGAAAUAAGUGCUGCUGCGGCGGUGGUGGCUGCAGCUAAUACAACACCAACCACAUCAUCUUCGGUGUCUAGUGAUGUGGUUGGAAAUGAUGGCCAUUCCUUAUAUAACAAAAAUAAUCAAGCUAAUAAGUCAAGGAUCACGCAGGUCUCGUCUGCAUCGAAUUAUCUGGGCAAAAAUGUUAUGAAUGAGAUUAGUCGUAAAACUGGAGAAAAAAUACCUGCUUGGGUCCCAAAAUUUUUAAUUGAUGGAGAAAGUUUAGACAAGAUGGUUAAAUGGAUGAUUGAGCCUGAUUAUAAUCAAAGACCUUCAGCAAACGAGAUUUUGCAUACUGAGGAGUGUGAAUAUGUAGAAUUGACGAGACAAGCAAGUGCUACCAUACAAGAGGAUUAUUUUGGGCCCAAGCCAGAUUUUUUUUGA